UGACACAUUUUGUCCCUCGCCGGACUCCGUCUGCUUCUGUUUGAGUAAACAUGGCGGAAGAAAGUCUGGUCGAAGGUGAAGAUGAAAAUAUUUUGUACGAUUUAUUGGUUAUUACGGAAUGGCCUCCCGAAACGGACACUCAGCUGCGAGGCAACAAGGAGCACGACACCUCUCUGAUUGCAAAAGCUGUGACAGGGCCGUUCCGCUUGAUCCUCCAUUAUUUGUGGUACAGCCCAUCCAGCUCCUCUCUGCCUUUCGGUCUCAUCCGUCUGUCCAACAAACAGAUCAACUGGCAGCUGGUGCUCGCAAGUAAUGGCAAACUGCUGGCAGUGGUUCAGGACCAGUGUGUGGAAAUCAGGUCUGUGAGGGACGACUUUGGAUCCGUUAUUGGGAAAUGUCAGGUUCCGAAGGAUCCCAGCCCUCAGUGGCGGCGGGUGGCCUGGAGCUACGACUGCACCCUGCUGGCCUACGCCGACAGCACCGGCACCGUCCGACUCUUCGACCUCAUGGGCAGCGAACUCUUCGUCAUCCCGCCGGUGGUGAGUUUUCCGGGGGAUUUCAGCUGUGCGGUGGCCGGUUUAAUCUUCCUGGAGUACACGGCGAGCGCUCAGUGGUCAGCAGAGCUCCUCGUUAUCACGUACGGAGGCGGACUGAAGAGCUAUUUAGUCAGUGUGGGAACCAACCAGAACUUCCAGGAGAACCACACCUUCAGCUUUUCAUCCCACUACUCCGGCGGCAUCACGUCAGCGAUCUACCACCCCGGUCACCGUCUGUUGCUGGUGGGGGGCUGUGAAUCAGGCGAUGACGGUCCAUCCAAGGCCUCCUGCUGCGGCAUCACGGCCUGGAGGGCUCUAUCGGCUUCUCCUCACUACAAACAGGUCAGCAGCUACGAGGACGACGUCGGCACGAAGCAGAAGAGAGGUUUCUUCAGGAUGCCCAGCUUCAGGCUGUUCUCCAGACCAGGAGAUGAGAUUCCUCCUCCUUCUCCUCCUUCUCCUCCUCCUCGGUCUUCCCUGCAGCCAGGAUUUGAGGAGAUCAACCCGGAGUGGAAGACGUCGCUGGAGAGGAGGAAGAAAAUAAAAGAUAAGGAGCAGUACUACCCCCUGGUGGACGUCAGCUGGUGGAGCGACGUGGUUCUGAUUCUGGCUCGCUGCUCCGGAUCCGUCACCGUCUCCUCGGUCCGGACGCUCAGGAACCUCCUGGGGAAAUCCUGCGAGUGGUUCGAGCCGUCGCCUCGACUCACCGCCGCUCACGACGGCGGCUUCCUCAGCCUGGAGUGCGAGGUGAAGCUGGCCCAGAAACGAGGACGUCUGGAGAGCAGCCUCAGCGGCGAGGACGAGGACGAUGGAGGAGACUCGGACUCGGACGAGGAGGCGUCGGCUAAAGCCAGAUACUUCGGAUACAUCAAGCAGGGCCUCUACUACGUCACUGAGAUGGAGAGGUUCGCUCCUCCACGGAAAAGACCUCGAACCGUCUCCAAGAACUACCGGCUGGUCAGCCUGAGGUCCACCACCCCAGAGGAGCUCUACCAGAGGAAGAUCGAUAACGAGGAGUACGGUGAGGCUCUGUCUCUGGCUCAGGCCUACAACCUGGACUCGGACCUGGUCUACCAGAGGCAGUGGAGGAAGAGCACCGUCAGCAUCGCCUCCAUCCAGGACUAUCUGAGCAAGAUCCGGAAGCGCUCCUGGGUUCUGCACGAGUGCGUGGAACGAGUCCCGGAGAACGUGGACGCCGCCAAAGAGCUGCUGCAGUACGGCCUGAAGGGAACCGACCUGGAGGCGCUGAUCGCCAUCGGAAACCGGGAGGACGGAGGGAGGUUCAUCCUUCCAGGGGAUGUGGACCUCGAUGACCUUCCCUAUGAGGACCUGCUGUCUGACGAUGAGGAGCUGGAGAUGAAGAAGGAGAAGGAGAAGAAGAAGAGGCAGGAGCUGCUGGAUAAGAUCGACUUCAGCAGGUUGACUCUGGAGCAGAAGGAGUUGUGUCGCAGUCGGCUGAAGCUGCUGUCGUUUCUGGACCGACUGGCCACGUACGAGGAGAUCCUCGGCGGUCCUCACGCUGCGGAGCAGAAAUACGACGCCGAGUUCUUCAAGAAGUUCCGCAGUCAGAAUAUCGUUCUGUCAGCAAGAAACUACGCCAGGGAGAGCAACGUUCAGGCUCUGGACAUUCUGUUCACGUAUCACGGAGCAGAACUCCUCCAGCAUCGACUCGCCAUCCUUUACAACUUCCCAGAAACCACCUCUCCACAUGAGUACACCAUGCUGCUGCCUGAAGCCUGCCUGGAUGAGCAAGGCGAGCUGGCGUUGAUUCCGUGGGACGAGCAGCGACACCGAGAGCUGGACUGGUGUGAAGCCGAGGACUGCAGAGCGGUGCUGGAGCAGAACUUGUUUGACGACGACAGUUUCCUGUACGAAGAAGCUCCGGAGCUGCUGAGGUUCAGAACGUCUUCGCCCUCCAUUGAGCUGCUGACCGACUGGUACCAGAGCCGAGCCCAGGACAUCGACUCCUGCUCCAGACAGGUGGACUGUGCUUUGUCUCUGGUCCGUCUGGGUAAAGAGCGCGACAUCCCCGACCUGGAGCUGUUGUGUGACGACCUGGUCACCAUGGAAACGCUGGUGUACGAGACGUCGUGCGAGCUGAGCCUGACGCUGAAAGACCUGCAGCAGCUCAGCGACAUCGACAAGCUCCAGCUGCUCAUGAAGAACUCCAGCCCUGAGCGCUUCGUGAAGGACUGUUUCCAGUGGAUGGUUCCCUUCCUGCACCGCUGUGAGCAUCAGAAAGAGGGCGCCGCCGAGUCUCUGCUGGGAGAAUACCUGGUGGGCUCGGCCCGGACAGACCUGACGCUGCCCCUCAUCAUCUUUCAGCACUCCAAACCCGACUGCCAGCAGAAGAUCAUGGGAGACCCCGACCAGCUGAUGUCUGCGGCUCUGGACUGCAUCUACAGCUGCCAACGAGACGACCAGCUCAGCCUCUGCUACGACGUGCUGGAGUGUCUGCCGCAGAGAGGAUAUGGACCAGAAACCGACGUCACGGCUUCCCUCCACGAUCAGGUGGACAAACUGGAGAAACAUCUCAGUGUGUCUGAGGUUCUGGAGAAGCACGGCCUCCAGAAGCCCAUCUCCUACGUUCAGACCAGUCAGACCAGUGAAGAAGAAGCUCAUCAGCUGAUGGUCAAACUGUGUCGACACACCGGACGGAAAAACCCUCCAGUGAGUGAGUCGGUGUGGAGAGGACUUCUCCAGGAUCUACUGGACAUGCAGCAGAACGUCUACAGCUGUCUGAAGCCAGAGACCUGCCACCAGGUCUUCGUCCAGUCCCUGCUCUGCUCCAGCCGCCUGGAGAACGUCCGACUGGCCGGUCAGCUGAUGCACUGCUCCAAGGUGAGUCAGGACGUCCCGGUGAGUCUGUCUUUCCGAGGUAAAGGUUACGCCCUGAAGGUUUCCUACGACAGCAGCGUGGAGUUGGUUCUAGAUGCUGCCAGAGAAUAUUUCAACUCGUCCACGGCUCUGACGGACUCCUGCAUGGACCUGGCCAGAACUUGUCUCCAGCUGAUCACCGACUGUCCUCCGGCCAUCCAGGAGGAACUGGACCUGAUCAGCGCUCUCAGUCAGCUUCAUGACUUCAGCGUCAACAUCCUGCCGCUGCAAGUUCGUCUGCGGUCUGACCGACUGUCUCUGAUAGAAGAAUGUAUCUCCAGCUGCUCCUCGGCCUACAGACAGUCCACCACCCUGCUGGGGCUGGCAGCGCUACUACGAGUGGCAGGAGACGACGAGGUGACGAGGAGAGGACGAGUUCUGAUGCUGCUGGCUGAGCAGGCUCUGCAGAACCUGGACUUCAAGGCUUCCUACAUCCACUGUCAGGACCUGAUGGCUGCAGGUUACGGUCCAGCCUGGGACGUCUGCAGCCUGCUGGGUCAGUGUGACGGUUAUGGAGACCUGGAGGCUCGACAGCAGCUGUUGGCCUUUUCUCUGACCCACUGUCCUCCAGACAACAUCCACAGUCUGCUGGCAGCUUCCAGCGACCUGCAGACUCAGGUUUUGUACCAGACCGUGAACUACCAGAUGGGUCCUGUUGUUGCUGAAUCCAAUGAGAAGGACUCUCUGAAGGUUCCUGCUAGUGGUUCCUCUCGUGGUUCCUCUGUGGGAACUGCUGGAGAUCUGCUCCACAGAACCACAGCUAGAACCAUGCAGGUUCUGACCACCACCGGACUGACCACUAAAGCUGUCCUGAGCACCGUCAGCGACCAUCGAUGGUGGAAGGAAUCCUUGAUCUACCUCCGACCGCUGCAGGCCCGCAGCGACCGGGAGGCGACCAACAAGAACCUGGAGCUCCAAGGCUGCAGCCCCUUUUACCAGGAGCUCAUCGAGGAUCCCUUCGUGGAUGUGACUCAGGAUGUUUAUUCGUCCUACAGAGACGUUCCUCAGGAAAACUUCGCUGAGGUUUUGCUCCGGACGGGAAAACUAGCUGAAGCCAAAACUGAAGGAGAAACUCCGUUUCCUGCUACUGAAGUUCUGCUGCAGCUUGCCAACGACGCCUUUCCCCGAGACAUGAUGCUGGCGCUGUCCUACUUACUGGCCCUGCCUCAGGUUCUGGACGCUAACCGGUGCUUCGAGCAGCAGCGUUCGUCAGCCUUGUCUCUGCAGCUGGCCUCAUACUAUUACUCCCUGCAGAUCUACUCCCGCCUGCUGCCCUGCUUCAAGGACAAGAACCACACUCUGUACCAGGCCGACCCCAAGGAGCUGAUCAGAUUGGUCACUCAGCAUGUCUCCUCCAGCUCCGAUUGGCCGGAGGAGCUGCAGAAGCUGAUUGGUCAGCUGCAGGUCUACAACGAGCGUCUGACGGACUUCACCCAGGCUCAGGUCCUCCAAGGUCUGGGACGAGGAGUCGACGUCCACAGAUUCAGUUCCGACGGACAAUACAAGAAGGAGACCAUCCUGGGGCUGACAGAGACCCUGGAUGACGGCGUUUACCGGAUUGCCGUGUCUCUAGCGAAGCGUUACCACGUUCCUCUGUGGGAAGUUUACAUGACUCACCUGGAGUUCCUGUUUACAGACAGCGGUCUGUCCACUAAAGACAUAGAAACCAGGAGUGAGUCUCUGGGUCUGUUUGAGACGCUGAAGGUCGACCCUCAGUCCUUCUACAGCCACAUGACCAAAUAUGUCCUUCCUACGGUGGCAGGAAGUGACCUGAGCCGGCUGCUGUACUACUACUCCCUGCUGGACGCCGCCGGCUGCGAGCCGUUCAUCAGCGCCGCCGUCAAACCCGAAUCCCACAUCAAGCUGCUGAAGAAGCUGAAAGCCGUCGCCAGCGGUUUGGACUACAGGAAGUUGACCGACGAGACCUCUGACCCUCUCGCCACCCUGCAGCCGGUCCUGACCAGUCAAAACGUCCUGUCCAUCUCCAAGCUGGCCAAUCGGCUGCCUCGGCCCGGCGGGGGCGGAGCCACGCUUUCCUCUAGUUCGGUUCACGCCGUCUGGCUGCAGAAGCUCUUCUGGAAAGGAGACCCUCAGCUGCUGAAGAGACCGCCACAGAGUGACCACGACUUCCUGCACGCCUACGACACCUGUGCCAAAUACCUGGACAGGCUACUUCCUGUCGAUGCCAUCCACUUCCUGGACAGCAUCACCUUCUCACCUGAGGCCGCCGAGCAGCUGAGCGUCCAGACGAGGUCGGAGGUGAUAAAACGAGCCACCAAAGCCCUGAGGCAGCUGGCCGAGAAGAACCGGAGGAGGGAGGUGGACCAGGACGGUUCUGACCCGGCAGGGAUGACGUUCGACGAGGCUCUGACUCACCUGCAGCAGUCCCAGACUCACCUGGAGAGUCUGAGUCAUGACUUCAUCCAGUCGCUCAGAGACAGUCAGCAGGAGCAGCAUCGCCGCUACAGUCGUCUCUACGAUCUGUCCCGAUCCGACGGGCCCAAGGUUUGUCAGCUGGCUGUCACCAUGGCGACGGACGGCCAGCCCCUGGAUCUGAUUGGACGGCUGCUGUCAGCGGCCGUCGGACCUUCAGUCCUGUCGGUCAAAACUGUCCUUCAGGAAGCCGUGGAGAAAGUGGUGGCAGCUCUCAGAAAUAACCUUUGGUCCGUCGUCAUUGGCGACAUAAAGGCCAAACGUACAGAAACCAGAGACGUGGUGCAGAUCGAGGACGUGGAGAACGAAGACAAACGCUACGAUCUUUUCCAGGAGCUGCUGGAGGCGGCGAAGAAGUGGGAGGAGUUCCAGCUGCUGAUGCUCCUCCUACAGGCAUGGCCGCCGAUGAUGAAACAGGAAGUGGCGGCAUCGGACCAGAACCCCUGGGUGCUGCUGACCUCGGCCCUGCUGAUUCGCUGCCGGGACUCGGAGGUGGAUCUGGGUCAGCAGGUGGUUGCCAUGGUGAGGAGCCUCUACAGCACCAAGCACAAGCUACCUGCUCAGUGUGUCGGCCACAUCUCCUCCCUGCUGCUCCACAAUCAGCCGAUACUUCAACUUCCUGCCCUGAAGCUCAUGUCAGAGAGCGGCGAUGAGAAGCUGCUGGAGCUGACACUGGAUCAGAUCAACAACAUGAGUCCAGAUUCGGCGUCCCGAUGCGACGCCGAGCUGCUGUCGCUGCUGCUGGACGCCGGUCUGCUGGUGGGCUGCGUGUCGUCGCCGCUGUAUCCUCGGAUCAGCCUCCACCUGCUGCAGCAUCAGCAGGACGGCGGCUGGGACGUGGACGAGGCGGCGGCCCGGCUGGUGGAGGCCGGACAUCGGGCCGAGGCCGGAUCUCUGCUGCUGGCCCACCGAGGAACCCAACGAGGACAGAACACCUUCAACACGGCGCUGGCGGUGCUCAACAAGUGGCUGUGAAGAAGAAGCACCAACAGGAAAAUAAAACAGGAAGAGUUAGACUAAAGAUCUGAGGGAGGUAGAUCAACAGCAGGAGGAACUAUUUAACCCUCUGAACCCCAAAAAUCACCAAGAAUACAGCAUUUAUCACCUAGAAACUGUAGAAUCAGAAAGAAUCUUUGGACUUUUUACCUUUCUAAUGGUUCAUGAGCUCCUUAAAUGAACCAUCUGAGCUUAAAAUGGGGGAAAUUCAUCAAAUCUCAUUAAAAAUGCACCAAGAAUACAUUAAUUUGACCAUUUUUCUUUCAUAAAAACCACCAAAUAUCUCUAUUUAACAGCCAGAGUUGUCAAAUUUUUAAGUUUCUGACGUUCUUUUGGGGAAAUGAACCAAUUCUAGUCUUAAAAUUCAGAUUUCUAAAAAUCACUUAUUUCCACGUCUAAUUAAAAAAAAAUCACCCAAAAUACAUUGUUUACUCUGAAAAAAACAACAAAAAAACAAAUUUACAUCAUUUAUCAGAACACAUGUGGUUUUGUUGGGAAAAUUCACCAAAUCUGAGCCUAAAAUUGAAAAAUAUCAUCAGAAAACUACUUAAUUUCUUUGUGUCUAAUUCCAAAAUUUGUCAGAAAUAGAUGCUUUGCUUUCAGAUAUUCCUGCCCUGUUACUAUUAUUGGUUAGUUUUCUUUAAAAGAAACAAAAA